AUGCCGUCCAUCCACGCCAGCACAUCCGAGCUGUUCACGCACCUAACAGUCAGCAAUAUUUGCGUAGCCGCUGGUUGCGCCUUUGCUCUGUCGCUCCUGUAUCUUUACGUUCGCGCCCUGUAUCUGGUCUUUUUCCACCCACUUAGCCGCAUCCCGGGCCCCAAGUAUGCCGCCUGUAGCAGACUUCCGUAUGUGCGCAAUCAGUUGCGCGGCGACCUCGUGAAGUGGCUUCAUUCCCUGCACCAGCAGUACGGCGAUGUUGUGCGCAUUGCCCCAGAUGAGGUGUCAUUCAUCUCCAAUGUUUGGCAGGAUGUAUACGCUGCGCACAAUGGCGAAAAGGCCACCAAGGGAACCUACCUGAAGGACCGACGGUGGUUUGCGGCGCCGUACAACAACACAUGGUCCAUCCUUCAAGCAGACGCUGAGGCUCACCCGCGCAUGCGCAAAAUGAUUGCGCCAGCCUUCUCCGACAAGGUGCUGCGUGAGCAGGAGGCAAUGAUCCAGGAGUAUGUGGAACUGUUCGUGCUUCGGCUCCAUGAGCAGACGGAGAACGACUCGAAAGGUGAUGUCGACAUGGUGAAGUGGUUCAACUUCUUCACUUUCGACAUCAUCGCCGACAUGACAUUUGGUGAGUCGUUCAACUGCCUUCGGGACAGCGACUACCACCCUUGGGUCCGAAUGCUCUUCAAGUCUGUCCGGGCCAUUUCUCUUAACAGCGCCAUCCGUCGAUACCCAUUCUUUCAGGCAAUUGUGAAGCGUCUGGCACCGAAGAACUUGCUCGAGCAGCGCCGGCAGUUUAACCAGUUCGUCUUCGACCGAGUAGGCGAACGUCUCGCCUCUGAGUCGUCGCAUCCCGACCUCAUGUCCCACAUCAAGAAGUUCAAGGACGAGCCAAAGGGAAUGAACCGUGACGAGAUUGACAGCAACGCCAACAUCCUGCUUGUAGCGGGUAGCGAGACAACUGCUACGCUGCUGUCCGGGUGCACCUACAUGCUUUUGUCGAACCCGGAAAAGCUCGCGAAGCUCACGAAGGAGGUCCGUGGCACGUUCAACCACCCGUCUGAGGUCACCAUCAAGGCGGUUAGCAACAUGCCCUACCUCCACGCCGCCCUUUCCGAGGCGCUGCGCAUUUACCCCCCGAGUCCUGCGGGGUUCAUGCGCAUCGUGCCAGGCAACGGAGACAUGAUUGGAGGCCACUGGAUACCCGGAGGAACAUCCGUUUCGGUCUCCCAGUGGCCGGCAAAUCACUCUGAUAGCAACUUCACGAUGCCCAACUCAUUUGUGCCCGAGCGCUUUCUUGGUGACCCGCGAUUCGAGAAGGACAAUACUUCGGUCCUGAACCCAUUCUCCGCGGGUCCUCGUAACUGCCUCGGCAAAUCUCUUGCCAAUGUGGAGAUGCGCUUGAUCAUGGCGAGACUGCUCCUAGACUUUGACCUCGAGCUGAUUGACCCCGAACAAGACUGGCUUGACCAGAAGUCCUUCACUCUGUGGGAGAAGCUUCCUCUGAUGGUUCGCCUCAAGCCAGUUCGCAGGUAUACUGCACCGGCAUGA